CUACAGGACGGUCUGAGAAGAACCUGGGAUCAGACGGGGUCUGUGCUGGUUCUGGAUAGACCAGUCAGAGAGUGGAUCAGGUUCUAGUCAACUUUAGUCCAGGAGAGUUGACCUUUGACCUGAGGACAGGACAGAGGAGGCGACAGUGACAUCACUGUCCUCUCAUGUUUGUGGGUCAAAGGUUAAAAACUUAACUUAACUGUGUUUGUUUGUUUUUUCUCCGUGUUUUUCUUCUGUAUCCUCAGGGUUUAAUUCUGACAAACAGCCACAAGGGGCAUCGCUAUCAACAAUAUUUACGACACAGGUUAAUGAGCCGCGCUCUGAUGAAUAAUUAAUUUGAUGUGAUGAGUUCUCAGGAGAGGGAGAGGGAACGUUCCAGAGAGACCAACCCAACAAGUUUGGAGAAAGUUCCACCUUGACUGACCCCUUCAGGAAGUUCUGGUUCUGCAGCAACUCACGGAAGGCCCAAACAGCCAACAGCAGGGGGCAGCAGCGGGUUCAGCUGAGAUCACUUUGAUGAUCUUUGAUGUGAUGCACACACACAUAUACACGUGUUUGUAUACAGUUAUACUUGAACAUAAACAUGUAUGUAUGUGUAGAAAUACAUGUUCCAGCAUGGGGGUCUUUGGAACACGCACCGACCACAGGGGGCGCCGUUAAGUACGUGACUACUAUGAAGCUCGAACUCAAGUCACGGUGAUGUCACGGUGAUGUCACGGUGAUGUCACGGUGAUGUCCGUCCGUGGGUCCACGAAGGCAUGGCUGACCGCGCGGUUUCACCUCCAGACUGGAACGUUCGUCUCUUCUCACAGGAGGAAAUCACCUGACCAGGGGUGGAGGAGAUCAUUGGUCGGUGGUGGGUCACGUGGCCUGUUUACAUCACAGAGCUGUCGUGAAGAAAAAGCCGAUGUGAAGAGUGUGGAGAAGACAAGUGAGCAGCUGCUCUGCAAGGAGAGCAGCGGCGCCUCCUGCUGUCUGAGGAGGAUCUUCUCACAUGAGAACGUUCCUGAUGUUCCUCUGCACGAAUGUCUCCGUCAGCGAACAACACCACAGCUGCCCAGCUGUAUAUGGGGCACCUGGAGAGGGCGCUGCUCUCCACGCUGACCUCCGUGCCCUGCGGCGUCUUCCUCUUCGUGAACGCCACCAUGUUGUUCACCCUGAGGAGUAAGGCCGUGUUCCGUGACACCUCUCGCUACGUUCUCCUCUUCAACCUGCUGGUGACCGACACCGUCCACAUCGCCGUCAGUCAGGUUCUCUACCUCAUCGCCUCCAGCCACGUUCUACUGACCUACCCCGUGUGCGGCGUCUUCAACAUGCUCGCCAAGCUCACCAACGAGGUCUCUCCGCUCACCCUGGUGGCCAUGUCUCUGGAGCGCUACGUGGCCGUGUGCUUCCCGUUCAGGCACGCCGCCCUCACCGGACCCAGGAACACGGCGGCGGCCAUACUGGCGGUCUGGCUCUUCAGCUCCAUGAACAUCCUGACCCGGGUCCUCCUGCUCCUGGACUUCCCCUUCCAGCAGCUGGACUCCCUGUGGAUGACGGAGUUCUGCUCGGACUUCGCCAUGAUGGUCGGACCGGUGUCCGCCCAGUACGACAGGGCCUACACCUGCUCCCUGUUCGUGCUGGCGGCCGUCUCCAUUUUCGCCUCCUACGUGGGCGUGGCCACGGCGGCCAGGUCCGCGUCCACAGACAGAGAGUCGGUGGCCAGGAUUCGAACCACCCUGCUGCUGCACCUGGUGCAGCUGGGCCUGAGCCUGUCGUCCACCGUCUACCUGUCCGUCCUGGUGCUGCUGUUCACGGCCUACAGUCGCCUCAUGUUCAUCCGACUCCAGAACGUUCUCUACGUGUUGAUUUUUAUUUUCCCGCGCUGCCUGAGUUCACUCAUCUACGGCAUCAGAGACCAGACCAUCAGACUGGCUCUGGUCCAGAACCUCUGGUGUUUCAAGAACAGCCAAAACCAGCGUCUGAGAAAAAACAGAGUUCAUCACUGGUUUAACAACGACUUACUGAGUUAA